GCUCGUUCCUUCCUCGAACCCACGUUUUCCACUUCCAGAUUCAAUCCUCCACGUGCUCUCUCUUUCUCUCUCUAUAUAUACAUAUACAUAUAUAUGUAUAUAUAUCCAUUGCUCCAUCUUCAUCUUCGAACUGCUGAAAACCCUACCCGAAAACAACGACAAUCAGAUCUGGUGUUUUGAACGAGAAAAAAACCAAAUCGGAGAUCGAGGAAUCGAGGUUUAGAAGGAGAAGUAAUCGUUACCGUGAAUGACUUGUGAUAAUUUGGAAUUGCCGCCGGGGUUCAGAUUCCACCCGACGGACGAAGAAUUGGUUAUGCAUUACCUAUGUCGGAAAUGCGCAUCUCAGCCGAUUUCCGUUCCGAUAAUCGCCGAGAUUGAUCUAUACAAGUUCGAUCCAUGGCAACUUCCUGAUAUGGCUUUGUAUGGAGAAAAGGAGUGGUAUUUCUUCUCGCCUAGAGAUCGGAAGUAUCCUAAUGGAUCACGGCCGAACAGAGCUGCCGGAACUGGUUAUUGGAAGGCCACCGGAGCUGAUAAACCGAUCGGAAAACCAAAACCGGUCGGAAUCAAGAAGGCCUUGGUGUUUUACGCCGGAAAAGCGCCUCGUGGGGUGAAAACGAAUUGGAUAAUGCACGAAUACCGCCUCGCUAACGUAGAUCGAUCCGCCAGCAAGCGUAACAAUAAUCUACGGUUAGACGAUUGGGUAUUAUGUCGAAUAUACAACAAGAAAGGCACUCUCGAGAAGCAUCAUGUCGUUGAUAAUCAAUUUUCGGAAAUGGAAGUCGAAACAAAACCCAAAAUUACACCCUACACGCCUGUGCCACCGCUCCAUCCGCAAUCAUCAGUCCCCCAUCACGUCAUGAAUGACGUGUUCCAUUUUGAUACAUCGGAAUCAGUUCCAACUUUACAUACAGACUCAAGCCCAGAACACGAAAAAGAGGUCCAAAGCGACCCUCAAAAGAAGGACUUUCAAUUCAAUUACAUAGACCCGUUUCCAGAUGACAGUUUUACCCCUCCAUCUCAGUACUACAACGACUAUCAACUCUCUCCAUUACAAGACAUGUUCAUGUACACACUAAAGCCCUUUCCGAUGUGAGAUAUUUUGCAAAACCCCGAGUACGUACUGCAUUUGAUGACGAUAGAUUUAUUCUGUCGUUCGAGUGCAAAGUACAUAUCGCGGCAUUCGGAGGAUGAUGACCCAAGUUAAAGACAAAGUUCAAGAACUUAUUUGUGUAUCAAGUUGCAAUGGGUCAAGUCUUGAAAUGGGACAUAAUUUGAAGGGCAAAAUGGGUACAAUUUUGUGUGGGCAAAGGAGGGUUGAGGUAAUAGAAUGGGUAAGUGCCAAUAGAUGCAAGAAUUCUUGAUGGUGGCAUUAUUUAUACCCAAAGUAGAACACAUUCACUUCCUUUCUAGAUUUUGUAAUUUGAAGAAAUGGGAAUGAAUUAUAAAUGUGUUGGUUUUACAACUCUUUU